AUGUCCAGCAAAGUCGACCGGAUCGUAGCUCGGCUACAAGAGAAAAUCACAGACGGAGACUACUACGAGGCUCAGCAGCAGACGCGCGUUGCGGCUUCGCGAUACAUCAAGCAGAAGAAUUGGGAUUCUGCCAUUGACAUACUACACAAUGUUGCCCAGUCUCUGCUCAAAGCUCAGCAGGGUGGAAGCGCCAGCGACUUGUGCAUCAUGAUGGUCGACGUCUACAAGCAAGCUGAAACGAAGCCGGACGCCACAUCCAAGGGUCGCCUGUUGACGUGCUUGCGAUUGUUCCAGGCUGCAGAGCCCACCAGGAAGAAGUUCAUCCAGGAGAUGAUGGGAUGGUCCGCCAAGUUCGGCGAGUACCCUGCCGGCGAUCCUGAUCUUCAUCACGUUGCAGGAAGCAUCUACGCAGAGGAACACGAACCCUACGAGGCCGAACGACACCUAGUGAUUGGUACAAAGGAUUCAGCUGAGGUCCUUGCGAAGAUGGAGUAUACUUGGUACAAGGAGAGCGAUGCCCACACCGCACCGCAUUACGCGGCCCGUGGCAUCCUACCGUACCUCCUGGUCGGCAAUGUCCGAGCUGCGAACACAACCUAUCGCCUCUUCACCAGCUCCCUGAGCAGCGACAACGCCGGCCUCAACGUCCAAGACGUCUCGACUGCGAGUUCAGAUAUCCGCAUCUUCCCGAGCCUGCCGCUUCUCAACUUCCUGGGCCUACUUCUCCUGGCGAUUCAACGGGGUUCGCCAGAGGUGUUCCGAGGUCUCCUGUCCAAGUAUGCCACGCAAAUUAACGAGGUUGAUGGCUGGGCCGAGCCUCUCGAGAUGAUUGGGCAGAUGUACUUUGGCAUACAGAAGCCGCGACAGAGCAACCCACUGAUGGAUAUGAUGAGCGGGCUCUUUGGGGGUGGCGCUGGUGGUGCGCCUCCUCAGCGGAGACAGGGCAUCCGCGACGGGCCAGCGCCGGCUGGACUGGACUAG